UCUACCCUCCUCUUCUUCUUCCUUUUUUGCAGGGAAAUUUAACAAGCUUCAUUCUUUUUCCUUUCUCUCCUUCUUUCUUCUCUACCCAUUUCGAUUCUAUAUCUCUUUCUUCCUUUUUUUUUUCUCUUUAGAACAUCAUUUUUUCCAAUACUCAUUAUCCAAUUGGCUUCAAAUUUGAAGACCCCCAAAUUCUCAAUUCCCCCCCCCCCCCCCCCCCUUCUAUAGACGAACGAUGAUUUUCGUUAAUAGAGAAGAUGGGGUUGGCCUUUUGUUGUAAUUGGAAGGCUGUGGGUAGGUGGAGAGGUAAAGAGAAGAAACAGGAGGUAUUUUGGGGGUGGAAAUGGACUGCCGGAUAUGCGUUGCGGGUGGGGAUUUAUGGGUCAAGGUAGGCGGGCGUGUUGGUGGUGUGGGACAGAUGGGAGGUUUUAGCCAUGAGAGCGAACAUGAUUUGGCUCUUAUGGUUAGCGAUUUCUUGGAAAAUGGAAGCGGUGGAGGUGAGUCUUGGUGUAGUAGCGAUAGCGAUUCUGGUGUUUCCGAUCUUGUUCAUCUUGCUGAAAAGAUUGUGUUCUAUAAGAAUCCAGUAUCCCAGUACGAAAGUGAUUUGCUUUCAGUUGUUCAUUCACUUACCUUGUCAAUGAAUGCGAAGGAUCUGAACAUGAACAAGACCGGUCCUUGCAAUGCUAGUUGUAUCCGGUUUGUUUUGGUGAAGCUACUGCGACGCUCCGGUUAUGAUGCUGCUGUAUGUACAACCAGAUGGCAGGGUGCUGGCAAGGUCCCUGGAGGAGAUCAUGAGUAUAUUGAUGUCGUUAACUACACCUCUGGAAGCUCGGAGAGGUUGAUUAUCGAUAUCGACUUCCGAAGCCACUUUGAAAUAGCCAGGGCAGUCGAAUCCUAUGAUAGAAUAUUGAAUUCUCUUCCAGUAAUAUAUGUUGGAUCAUUAUCCCGGCUUAAGCAUUUCCUUCAAAUUAUGGUUGAAGCUGCAAAGUCUUCACUUAAGCUAAACUCCAUGCCACUUCCUCCGUGGAGAUCCCUUGCGUACUUGCAAGCCAAAUGGCAAUCACCAUGCCAGAGAAUGCUUCAUCCCGAAGAACAGCAGCAGUUGGGGGCCAAAGACAUGUUGAUGAGCCACAAGCAAUGCAUUGGACACUUAAAGAGACUUCAGUCAGUACUCCAAUCAGAGACUGAAACAGAUCGGUUUUUGAGGCCGGUGAACAGUGAUAACAUUAGGAAAAUAAAGACCGAGAGGCGACGACACUCUCUGUUGAGAACCAUUUGACAAAAAGAUGUACAGAUGAAACCGAGAAAAGAAAUUUUUGAGGAGAUUGACGAGGAAAUGUGUAGCGCGGCUUUUUCAUUAUUUUGUUUCUUUUUUUUGGUUGUUGGGGGGUAAUUGAGUUAUAUGAAAUAAAAAGUAUGAACCUGAAGAUGAUGAGUGGUCUGAAGUUCAUGCAGCUGCAAAAAUGUAGAAGCAGAAUGAAAGCACAAGCAGAAUGUGAAAGCAAAGGAAUUGGACCAACAAACAGAGGAUCUCACUGCUUGAUUCUUUUAUUCUGGGAUGAUUCCUUCUUUUUUAUAUAUAUAUAUAUAUAUAUAUAUUUAUUAUUUUAUACAAAUAGAGAAUUAGGAAGGAAAGAUAAUCUCAUUUUUCUCUCCCAUAUUCCAUGCCUGUUGUUUUUGGUGGGCAUUGGGAACUUUUUCAUUUUUAUUUUAUCUCUCAUAUAUUUGUGUAUUUUAAUUUUUAAUUUAUUGAUUACUCUAUCAAAUGAAGCUGAGCCCUGCUUCUUUAUUGUUGCA